AUGGUAACUAAAAAUUAGUUGCAAUUGGUUCAAAUGUCAUCUAUUUUGACUUGCACAACUUACGUCCAAGGAGUUGUGCGCCGGUUGUUUGGUGAAGUUAGCUUAGGCUUUGUUGUAAUCACACCACUAUUUGUGGUUAGACCAACCCAACUCUCCAAUCACCAGCAAUAACCAAUAACACUAACAUUCCCGUUUUUAAGGUAGUACGUAUUUCUCAAAUAUAGUGUUAAACAUUUUUUUUUCUAUUUACAGAUCGUUUACCGUCACCAGCAACAAAGUGUAAUUUCUCUCGCUAAAUUUAGGAGCAUCUCGAUUGGUGGAUGACUUAAGUGAGCUUUGAACUAAGAUUCAACUGUUUGGACUUGUGAAAAUCUGAAUAGUUGCUAGCGUCCAUCAUCAACUACAACUUGGGGUGAUCUGCAAGAAAAUCUAUACCAGAUGGGAGACAAUUCUUGGCGUAUAUUAUCUUUCCAAAAUUGCUUUUCCAAUUAUCGCUUUUCACCUCCCAAAACUAACUGAAAAAUGACAUUUCAGCAAAAGACGUUGAUAUUAUUUCCCAUAUAAAAGUACUACUUAGACUCUAUUUCUGCUGCCAUCAUAUUAAUCCCAUAAGUACAACAACAAGAAGUACGUACUACAUUCUGAGAGAAAACAGAACAGCAGAACAGGGGGAAUAUUGAUGGGCAUAUACAUCAUGGCGUCCUCAUGGAUUUAUGCCUUGAUGCUGAUGGCUUGUUUACUUCUUCCUUCAUUGGCCGAAUGCAGAAUUCGCCAUUAUAAAUUCAACGUGGUACAAAAGAAUCACACACAGUUAUGCUCAACAAAGCCGAUAGUAACAGUAAACGGGUUGUUCCCAGGACCAACAAUAUACGCCAGGGAAGAUGACACUGUUCUCAUCAAGGUUGUCAACCAUGUCAAAUACAAUCUCAGCAUUCACUGGCAUGGAAUUCGCCAACUGCGAACUGGCUGGGCGGACGGUCCAGCGUACAUUACACAAUGUCCAAUUCAACCAGGGCAAAGUUAUGUGUACAAUUUCACAAUAACAGGACAAAGAGGAACACUUUGGUGGCAUGCACAUAUCCUCUGGCUCAGGGCAACUGUCCAUGGAGCCAUUGUAAUCCUCCCUAAGCUCGGAGUUCCUUACCCUUUUCCCACCCCAGAUAAAGAAGUUGUGGUCGUUUUAGGUGAAUGGUGGAAAUCGGAUGUUGAAGCGGUUAUCAAUGAAGCUAAGAAAUCAGGCUUGGCCCCUAACGUUUCUGAUGCUCACACUAUCAAUGGUUUCCCAGGACCCGUCUCAAAUUGCCUUUCUAAAGGAGGGUUCAAUCUACCUGUGGAGCCUAAAAAGAAAUACAUGCUGAGAAUCGUCAAUGCUGCACUGAAUGAGGAACUGUUCUUCAAGAUUGCUGGUCACAAGCUCACUGUGGUUGAGGUUGAUGCCACAUACGUUAAACCAUUCCAGACUGAUACAAUUCUGAUAGCUCCAGGCCAAACAACCAAUGCCAUUUUAUCCACCGACUUUCAAACCGGCAAGUUCAUGAUGGCUGCCUCGCCGUUCAUGGAUGCCCCGAUCGCCGUCGAUAACUUUACCGCCACUGCAACGGUGCAUUAUGCCGACACCCAAUCAGCCAUCGCCACCACGUUGGCAACUCUGCCUCCCAAAAACGCCACCCCUGUGGCCACAAAAUUCGCAGACUCUCUCAGAAGCCUAAAUUCAAACACCUACCCUGCAAAAGUCCCAUUGAAAAUUGAUCAUUCCCUGUUUUUCACAGUCAGCCUGGGAAUCAACCCCUGUUCCACUUGUGUAAACGGAAGCAGAGUCGUGGCUGAUAUUAACAAUGUCAGCUUUGUAAUGCCCAAAACGGCUCUCCUUCAGGCACAUUUCUUCAACCUGAAAGGAGUAUUCACCGAUGAUUUCCCGGCGAAUCCGCCGAUAAAGUAUAACUAUACAGGGACACAGCCCAAAAACCUGAGGACAAUGACAGGGACAAGGCUUUACAGGCUUGCUUAUAAUUCCACUGUACAGUUAGUUUUGCAAGAUACUGCCAUGAUUAGCCCUGAGAGCCAUCCAAUUCAUUUGCACGGAUUCAAUUUCUUCGUGGUUGGAAAGGGUGUAGGCAAUUUUAACCACAAGAACGAUCCCAAGAAAUUCAACCUUAUUGACCCUGUUGAAAGAAACACUGUGGGAGUUCCUACGGGCGGCUGGGUAGCAAUCAGGUUCAGGGCUGAUAAUCCAGGGGUCUGGUUCAUGCAUUGCCAUUUAGAAAUCCACACGACUUGGGGACUGAAGAUGGCAUUUGUGGUGGAUGACGGGAAAGGUCCCGAUGAAUCCCUUCUACCGCCGCCUGCUGAUCUGCCAAAAUGUUGAAGGGAUUCUGGUUUUGAAAUUCCCUUUGCUCAAUUGUACAUUCUACGGUUACUAUGAUCAUCUUCCUUAGGUUGAGCACUCAUGUUUUCGUCUCCUCCAAUUAAAAAAAAAGUUUUGUGCUUAUUUUCCAUGAUUAAGUUUUUUGAACAAUGGCUUGCGCUAGAAAUGAAAUUGUAGAACAUAAUCGUGAGAUCUAACUUAGGAUUGUCGUCUAUCAUUGCGAAUUGCGAAUGAAUGAUGAACAUAACUUUUUCUUUGAGCAGUAUGUUUUGACAAUGGUGUAAUAAUUUAAACAGCAUUCAUACGAUGGAUUUUGAUACUACCUUAAGGUAAAAUGAAAAAAAUAAAUAAAUAAAUACUCCUUCCCUCCGUCCCU